CGUUUAGAGUGGAGUUGAUAUAGAAGUUAACGAAGUGAAGCAGAGGAACGGAAGAUAACCAGGAGGUACAACUGAGAGGGAUGUUUCUGCACUCUAUAAAAAAACGUCAGCGGGCAGUCGCUGGACGUACAUAAGAGCAGAGAAUCUCUAAUAUAUCCGUAGACGGGCUCUGAUAAGAAUUCCUCAUGGCUGUACUGCCUGAACGCCCCCAUGUUGUGCCUGGUCGGCCUUCCGCCCCCAGAAACCGACCGUGCAGUGCUGUAGAUGUGGUGCUGUCCCACCUGGAUCUAGAACAGGGAGACAGAAGCUUAAGAUUUCCAGUGGCUCCAGGACAGGUCCUGCUGCACCCCGCCGUGUGGUAGGCCCAGUGCUUGCAGCCAACACCACCCACCAUCAGGCAGAAUGUCAUACGGGUCCAUUGAUGGAGGCUCCUUUGGCAGUCGUAACCCAUUUGGAGGUCCGACGAGGCAGGGCUACCAGCCAGUAGCCACGCAGGUCAGCCCCUCAGAACUGCAAGAUGUGUUUCAGGAGACCUCGUCCAAUAUCUUCCAGAUCAACGCCAAUGUUGUCACAUUAGAGAAGAAUCUUCAAUCGUUGGGAACAUCGAGAGAUACUGCAGAGCUGCGACAGAGUCUACACUCCACGCAGCAACAAACCAACAAAGUCAUCACCAGCACAAGCCAGCUCAUCAAACAGCUCUCUGAUAUAAUCAGUGGCUCUUCACGGCAAGACCGUCUGCGCCUGACGAGACUAAAGACUGAACUCUCAGAGUCGGUCCAACGUUAUGGGGACCUGCAAAAGAAAAUUGCGGAGCGCUCAAGGGCCUUGCUGCCUCCAGCACAGACAGACAAGAAGAAGAGUCCCCAGACGCCCUUCAACGAGAAGAGUGAGGAGGGUCCUCUGUUUGGGGAAGCCGGAAGCUCAGAGGGGGAAGUCCAGGCCUUCCUGUCUGAGAUCAGUGAGGAGGAUGUGGAGGUUCUUCGCCAGAGAGAGGAAGCCCUGCUGCAGAUAGAAAGAGAUAUGCUGGACGUCAGUCAAAUCAUGAAGGAUCUGGCCAGCAUGGUUCAUGAACAAGGGGAUUCCAUAGACAGUAUUGAAGAUUAUAUCCAAACUGCAUCAUCCAAUGUGGAAUUAGCCAAUCAGGAGCUUGCGAAGGCCAGCCAUCACCAGAGGCAGCUAAGGAAGAGGAAGUGCUACCUCCUGGUGGCUGGAGCCCUCAUCCUCACCCUCCUCAUCAUCAUCAUUGCUGUUUCAGCAAGAAAAUGAGCCUUGUCACUGUGGUAGCUGCUGUCAUUGCAGUGUGACCGCACCGCUUCUACCCAGUGUGCCCCCUGACCUGACCAGCUGGUUUCCAGUGGGAGGGAGCCACCCUGCAACAACAUCUCUACUCCAUCACCUCUGCCUCUGUGUACAUGUUCAUCAAUCCAAGGACGGAGGCCUUUCCCAGCAUACAAGUGGUCAUGACUUCUGUGUAUUUGUGUCGUCUGUGGGGUGAUAUGAAAGGGUUACUGUUUUCCCCUGAACACCAUGAAUGUUGCUGUUUCUUCGACUCCUAACUGCCGUGAUUUUGGCAGAGAAAUCAGCUUCAGGGCGGGGCAGGGCGAGGCGACCUGAGCUUUAGUGUCUUUACUGCUGUAUGCUGGCUUCCUUUGUGUAUUUUUACUGACUUGAACAUAUUUAUCUGCUUGUAGUGUAUCUAUUAUCUGUAAUUUAGUCAGUAUUAAACUGUAGUUUUUUGUUCAUAUUGAUGAAGAAUGACAGACAAAAAUAUAUCUUGCAAAAUAAAAGACUACAUUAAAGAGUGAAA